CACAAGCACUAAUCUGUGCUCAUGGGUAGGACUGCCUAUGCUGACAGCACUUCUUUACACUCUCUCCCAGCUUGGACUAUCUGUGUUGUGUUUUGGGGGUUUUUGGAUGGCACUUUUUAAGGUGAAAGGGAUUCCCACCAUUGGGAAAAGUCAAGAAGUGCGCCCUGGAACAGAGUGAGGAGAAGAGGAGGAGGGAAGAUAGCACCAACUUUUCCUCUCAUCUUUGCCUCGGCAGGCGUUUCUUCUGUGCAAGAAUGGGGGCAGGAGCUCUGACCAUCUGUCACAACAAGACAGCGGUGCAGGUUAAAGAAGACAUGAAGAAGAUGGUCCAGAUACCCAUGCUGAGACCCAGAACAGUGGCAGCCAAGCACACAAAGCUGUUUGGAGCGCCCCUGUUUGAGCUGUGUGAGAAGGGCCUCGUGGAGGAUGGUGUGCCUCUGGUGGUGCGGAAGAUGGUGGAGUAUCUCGGCAAGCAUGCCCUACAUCAGGAGGGUUUGUUCAGAGUGAAUGGGAAUGUCCGUGCUGUGGAGACCCUGAAACACCGUCUAGAGAGUGGCGAGGAUGUGGACUUGUUGUCUGAAUCUGAUACAUGUACGGUGGCCAGCUUGCUCAAACAGUACCUCAGGGACCUGCCUCAGGGCCUGGUAGACUCAACAGUCCAACAGGCGCUGAUACAGCACCACCAAGAGUGCGAUGAUGAUGGCUCCUGGUCAGAUAUGAGAGACCUGAUUCAGCAGCUUCCAGACGUCCACCACAGCCUCCUCCGCUACCUUUGUCACUUCCUCACCCUUGUGGAGUGCAACCACAAGGACAACCGCAUGACUGCCCUCAAUCUUGCUACUGUGUUUGGACCCAGUGUCUUCCAUGUGGCUCCCGGUUUUGAAGCGCUGAAGGACCAAAAUAUCUGUAACAAGAUCAUGGUCAAGCUCAUCCAGAACUACAGCAACAUCUUCGAGACCAACACAAACAAAGAGGGUGGCACAAAAGAACCAUCAACCCUUAUCAUUUUCAAGGAGGUGCACGUGACAGAUGCAGACACAAAGGAGUCACCCAGCCACCUCAACGCAAAGACACCGACACCAGUUCCCAGAACAAAGGCUGAACAUAAAAACCCACCAGAAAAUGCAGAAGGUCUGACAAAAUCCUCCACUAACACUCCAAAGGCAAGGCCAAGGAAAAAGAAGGUGAGGAAAGGGAAGAGUGACGGCAUGCCUCAAGUCAUCCCUCAACCCAGCUGUUCCACUCGGUUGCCCCAUGCAAGGCCUCUUUCCAUACCAAUAGUUUUGCCCCUGACCUCAGAGCUCAGGAGCCCCAGCCCAGAGGCCAUGGAGACGGGUCCGAUGCCUUUGGUUCGCAAAGACACCCCAGAUACUUCCUCGCACCUCAGCCACCUCGAUGUCAGCCCCUCUGAUAGCAUGGAGGCCCUCAGCAGCUCCCAAGAAGAAGAGAGACCAAUAUCUCCUUUCUACAUGAGUAACCACCUCUUCCCUGUUCACUGCAGACCAGAUGUGGUAAAUUUUCUGGACAGGACAAUACGUUCAACAGUGGAGCAGCACCUCUUUGAUGUGAACCCUUUAGAGGAUCAAAGUUCAGAGGACUGUGAGUCGACCCCAUGUCCGUCAUCACCAAGGGUGACGCCAACUGCACGACAGAGACGUCGACAUCAGAGAGAGCAGCAGGAGGAGGGCUUAAGACACAGAGAAAACAGAGCUGCAUCAGUCAGAGCAGACACCAACAAGGAGAACAUCCCGUCGAGCGGUGGUAGCAGCUCUGGCACCACGGGGGAGGACACGGGCAGCAGCGUGGACUCGCAGGGAGGCCAGGGUGGUCACGCUGAGCGAACCCCGAAACCCAGGAAGUCAAAACACAGUCCUACGCUGGUGCAGCUCACUGACAACCAGGACGCCCACGCAUUAAAGGAGAGUGUUGGUGUGUCGGUAACAUAUGAGAGACCUGGAACAAACCACAUGGAGACAUUAAAGAAAGGGAAUGACUCUUCAAGAAAAGAAGACCCUCCUUCUCCUCCACAGACGCUAAGGAUGAAGAUCCAGGAGUCGCCCGUCACUUGUGACACGGGGAGGGUCGGCGGCGGAGGAGGAGUAGAGGUGCGAGGCUCGGACCCGGACUGCGAAAAGACGAGCUGCGAGGACGUCCCCCGGCUGGACCUGACAGCACUGACUGAGGACAACAACUGGGGAGAACCAGUACCGGCGUACUCGUCACUGCAGAGGGAGAGUAUGGACCGUGAGGAGGCUCGACUGUCCCCCCAUGCCGGAGGACGCCUGAUUCGCCAGCUAGUGGAGGAGGACAGCGACCCGAUGGUGUCCCCUCGUUUUUACGCCUACGGACAGUGCCAGCAGUACCUGGACGACACUGAAGUGCCUCCGUCGCCGCCAAACGCGCACUCAUUCGUCAGUCGCAGGAGGAGUUCAUCUCUCGGCUCCUGUGACGACGAGAAAGAGGAGCUGACAUCCGCCCAGCUCACUAAGAGGAUUCAUGUACUGAAGAAAAAGAUCCACAAGUUUGAGGAGAGGUUUGAAGAGGAGCGUAAAUACAGGCCAUCUCACAGCGAUAAAGUUGCAAACCCAGAAGUGCUGAGAUGGGUGAAUGAACUGGCCAAGCUUCGCAAAGACCUAAAAGAACACAAGCUGAUGAAGUCUGAGGAGGACCUGCCACCUCUGACCCGCCAGCGCAGCAACACGCUGCCCAAAAGCUUCGGCUCUCAGCUGGAGAAGAAACCACAGCAGGAGAAGGUGCAGAAGCCACCGGUGGAGAGCACACUGGAGACAAUUUUGAAGAAGCUGCAGGAGAAGAGGGAGGAGGUGAACCGCCCCGAGGAUAUCAAGGAUAUGACACGGGAGCAGAUCGGAGCAGAGAAAGUCGCCCUGCAGAAAGCUCUCCUCUACUACGAGAGCAUACACGGUCGACCAGUGACCAAGAGCGAGAGGCAGAUCAUGAAACCUCUGUACGACAGAUACCGGCUGGUCAAGCAGAUCCUGUGCAGAGCCUCCACCAUCCCCGUCAUUGGCUCUCCCUCCAGCAAGCGCAGAGGUCCCCUCCUUCAGCCCAUUAUCGAGGGCGAAACCUCACUCUUCUUCGAUGAUAUCAAGGAGGAAGAGGACGGCUCAGAGGACGAGGGAGACUCAAAGACCCAGUUCACCGUGACCGUACGGCCCGACCUCAGCGUGCUCAGCUUCCUGGACCACAUGGACGAGGAAGCGGACGGUUUCAUUUCACCAGUGGACGAACUUUCACCCUCAAAGAACACCAUCGACAUGAGGCUGUCCAACCUGCACUCCGCCACCACGCAAGAACUUGUGGAGCAACUCCAAGAGACCAGAGAGGAGAAGAAGAGAAUCCGCAAGAACCUGAAAGAGUUUGAGGACCAGUUCUUUAGACAAAAUGGAAGAAACGUGCAGAAGGAGGACCGCUCCCCGUUGGCAGUGGAGUACAAUGAAUACAAGCACGUCAAAGCCAAGCUGCGGCUGCUGGAAGUCCUCAUCAGCAAAAGAGACUCGACUAAGUUCAUCUGAGAAAGAAAUAAAAACACAUAAAAGACUCUGAAAGAAGAACUGCUGCUUAGUCUCUAGAGAUACCAAACCUGUCACACGUCUCACCCGGUAGGAACUGAUGGUUUUCUUUCUUGUUGCCACUCAACGUUUUUUGGAGCUGAAGAAGCGGCUUUUCCUGUUAGUCGGUUCUGUCGAGCACAGCGGGAGAGAGGGUUUCCCCCUCCGGAGCCGCCGACCCACGACUUGAUUCAAAGCGACACAAACUCCCCUUCUUCACCUGAGAAGUUGGUUCCCAGCAGACUUCAUACAUAAGGACGUUUUCUCGAGACCGAGCGAGACGCACAUGAAUAACCUGAAUUCUUUAUCAGCAAAGGAUCACACUUGUAUCGCUAAUAAUUUAUUUCUAUCCUUUUGAACGUUUGUAUCAGAGCAGAAGAGUUUUUUUUUCUUUACUGUAGAAGUCUUAAAAAAAAAAAAACCUUGUACGUUUAAAAAAAAAAAAAA